CCACAUUCCACUUUUGGUGGAACCGAGCCUAGCCACGAACAUAAAAAGUUCGCAACGCGAAGUGGGAUGAAUUCUAACUACUUCAAAAUGUGGCCAAUAAUUCCCGGCAACGCUACGCAACUUCACACUCGACUUGAGAACCACCCCCCUCCGGAGAAGAAGAAGCCCCUUGGUUGAGAAUGCUUCACCCUUUCCGCCAUUAAACCCACCCCGUUAUCAGUUAAUCCGAGACGCGUCUCGAACAGAAAAUUCUUCAACAGCAACACUGACGAACUCCUAGAACUCAAAAUCACCUGCUGUCGCAAUGUGUGGCAUUCUAGGACUUAUCCUCGGCCAUAUCGACGAUCCCAGCUCGACGACUGCUGCUGCCGACCUUCAUGAUGCUCUCUAUUAUCUCCAGCAUAGAGGACAAGACGCGUGUGGCAUAGCUACUUGUGCUUCGGGAGGCCGCAUAUACCAGUGUAAGGGAAAUGGCAUGGCUGCAAAGGUAUUCAACGAUGGUAGCCGGGUCCAAGAUCUUCCCGGUUUUAUGGGCCUGGGCCAUUUGAGAUACCCUACUGCUGGGAGCAGUGCCAGCGCCGAGGCACAGCCGUUCUAUGUCAACAGCCCAUACGGGAUCACAUUCGCUCAUAAUGGAAAUCUGAUCAAUGCCGAAGACCUCCGAAAGUUCUUGGACAGGGACGCACACAGACAUGUCAAUACUGAUAGCGACAGUGAGUUGAUGCUCAACGUUUUUGCCAAUGAGCUCAACGAGACUGGAAAAGCUCGUGUCAACGAAGAAGACCUGUUCAGCAGCUUGGAGCGGAUGUACGGGAGAUGCACUGGUGGUUGGGCCUGUACUGCAAUGCUAGCUGGUUUUGGUAUUCUUGGUUUCCGGGAUCCGUACGGCAUUCGACCACUCGUUCUCGGAUCUCGACCAUCGGGAAGUUUAGCUGGAGCUACCGAUUUCAUGAUGGCCUCUGAAUCAGUUGCUUUGCGCCAACUAGGUUUCUCCAAUAUUGUGGACAUCCUGCCCGGCCAAGCUGUCAUCAUUCGAAAAGGCGCCGCGCCCGUCUUUCGCCAAGUUGUUCCUCAGCUUGCGUACUCACCAGAUAUCUUUGAGUUUGUUUAUUUUGCGCGGCCUGAUACUAUCAUUGAUGGCAUUAGCGUUCAUCACAGUCGGCAAAAUAUGGGAUACAAGCUCGCAGACACCAUAGUCCGUACGCUUGACGAGGAAACCGUCAAAGAGAUCGAUGUGGUCAUCCCAAUUCCCGAGACUUCCAACACAUCAGCAGCAAGCCUCUCUGAGCGACUUAAGAUUCCGUACGUUCAAGGAUUCGUCAAGAACCGUUAUGUGUUCAGAACUUUUAUUAUGCCAGGCCAAGGUGCUCGACAGAAAUCUGUGCGUCGAAAGCUGAGUACCAUCCCUUCCGAAUUUGAAGGCCGCACUGUACUUCUUGUCGACGAUAGCAUCGUCCGAGGUACAACCAGCAGAGAAAUUGUUAGCAUGGCCCGAGAAGCUGGUGCAAAGAAAGUUAUUUUCGCUUCUUGCUCUCCUCCUAUCACGCACGCCCACAUUUACGGAAUCGAUCUCGCCUCCCCCCAGGAGCUCAUAGCACACAACCGAGAUCGUAAGGCAAUUGCGGAGCACAUCGGUGCCGAAGAGGUCAUUUAUCAGUCGCUUGAGGAUCUGAAAGCAGCCUGUGCUGAGCUCUCUCCCCGGGGCCCAGCUCAGGAGUUUGAAAUUGGUGUGUUCUGCGGUAAAUACGUUACUCCAGUGACAGCUGGAUAUUUUGAGCACCUGGAAAGACUUCGAGGCGAGAAUCGAAAGAUGAAGGUCCUGGAGAAGGCAAAGGAAGCCAUUAUACACGGAGUUGCCGGCGAAACGGAGGUGGCAAUGGUCACACAAGGUGCUAAGGUAAAUGUGAAUGGCCAAGUUGUGCCAGAAAUCAAUGGUACCGUCAAAACUGUAAACGGAGAUGCGAAUGGACAUGCCAGACGCAAACGCGAGAGAGAGGAAUCUGGUACACCUCCAGUCAGAGACCGCCACGAUAUCAGUUUGCACAACUUUGCUACUGAUCCUCACAGAGGGUAUGAGUGAAAUUCGGGUUGGAGAAUUGACGCUGUACUGGAUAUCGUACACAUAAAAGUGGCGGUCUCCUUGACUUUUCAUGGAGUUUAGCUUUGCAUGUACUGUAGAAUCUUUGCCCUUUUAAGAUACUCUCCAAGCAGAUCCUGUGAUCCCUUUCCGAAAAUUCUCCCAUCAUAAGCUUUGCAUAUGGUCCAAGCAG